GAGGAAGGUUGUAGCUUAGAUACAGUACGUCACAAUGAGAACGGUGGAGGGAAUGUAUGCUGGUGUGGGCAGCUUUAAGCUGAGUAAUAUGGACACAGAGGAGAUGACAGUGGUCAUUUAUUUUACUGAAGACACUGUUGGAGCUCAGGAUACCAGCAUAGAAACACAGGACACUGAGACACAGACGGAGACAAGGACACAGCAGAGUACAGACGUUAGAACAGGAAUCAGAUGUUCCAGACUGGCUGUGGUGUGUGUGGGGCUGCUGUGUGUUCUCCUACUGACCACCAACAUAGUGCUGUACAUGUACUAUAUUAGAGACCAAACCAUCAUAGUAAACAUCACUGCAGGGAGAGAGACCUUCUUAUCCAGUAUCAGAAACCUGACUGAAGAAAGAGACCAGCUAAAGAGCAGCUACCAGAAUCUGACUGAGGACGAUCACAUCUUACAGACCAAAUAUGAUCAUUUAGUGAAGCUGACUGAGAAAAGCUGGAUUAAAGAACUGAAGACUUUUGGAAGCAGCUUUUACUUUUUCUCCCCUGAGAAUAAGAGCUGGAGUGAGAGCAGACAGGACUGCAGAAAGGGAGGAGCAGAUCUGGUGAUCAUAAACAGCAGAGAGGAGCAGAUGUUCUUCAUUGACCAAAAGAAAGACAGCAGUUUCUGGAUUGGUCUGACCGAUGAAGAUGCAGAAAACACAUGGAAGUGGGUGGACGGCCAACCGCUGACUGAUAAAUUCUGGAGGUCAAAUGAACCUAAUGAUGCUGGUGAGGAGGACUGUGCUAUUUUCACCACUGCAGACAAAGACACUGAGCGAACAUGGAACGAUCUUUCCUGCUCAAGGAGAGAAAACUGGAUGUGUGAAUU